GAUUUGGUGCGGGAGUUGGCCCCGUGUUUUGCAUUUUCCCCACAAAUUCUGAUUACGUCAUGCAUAAUCAAAUCCCACCCAAAAAGAAAAGAAAAUAUAUCGAGAAAUAAGAGAGUGGUCAUGCAAAAGCGUAUCAAUUUAUCUUUCUUGGCCUCCAUCAACCAUCUUAACGAUCGUACGUCUCCUUCUACAGACGCAACUCUUUUUGAAAGCUCUGGCAGUAACUCGCUGCGGUUUUUUUUUUUUUUUUUUUGCCAUUGUUCGUACCAUCAAUAAUCUCAGAUUCGUUUUCUCGGCGGAUAGAAAAAAAAUUGCACUUUUUCUUCAACUGGGUGUCUCAAAACAGACGGGAGUUUUUGGAUUCUUUUGGACCAAGUUUGAUACUAAUAAUUUAGGUUGAUACAAGCCUUUUAUCGAUGGGCACUUCUGAAGCAGUUCUGCAGGUUCUGUCUGGGGCUGGACCUCGAGUUUUUGGUAGUGAUCCAUGUUUUAGCCCAUCGGAUUCAACAUGUUCUCUUAAUCUUCAUUUAAAAUGUUCGAGGAGAAGAGCCUCAAGGUGCUUUGAAUUUCUCAAGUGUUCAAGUAUGCUACAGUAUGGAGAUCGAAGGUUAAGCAGUGGAUUUUUUGGAAAUACAAAAGUUGACCCCUCUUGGCUUCAGAAUUGCAAAUGCCAAAAAGCUGAGAGUGUAAGUGGGGUAACCACUGAAGAUGGAAAUGGUACAUGGUUUGUGGAUAACGCAAAAAUGUUAGAUCCUAUAGACACUAUGGUGAAUGCAUCAAAUGUUCUGGAGUUUCAGGAUCUUCAACAGUUGAAAAGGGAAAAUGAGGGUUUGACAUCUAAUGGCACAAAUGGAGCAGUCAGAGAUACCUUUGACAAUAUUAGUGUUGACUCCAUUGAGGAUGAAGCAUGGGAAUUACUCCGAGAGUCGAUGGUUUAUUAUUGUGGUAGUCCUAUUGGAACAAUUGCUGCGAAAGACCCAACUAGUUCCAGUACAUUGAAUUAUGAUCACGUUUUCAUUCGAGAUUUCAUACCUUCUGGUAUAGCUUUCUUAUUGAAGGGGGAGUAUGAUAUUGUUCGGAACUUCAUCCUUCAUACACUUCAGUUGCAGAGCUGGGAGAAAACAAUGGAUUGUCACAGCCCUGGUCAAGGAUUAAUGCCUGCUAGCUUCAAGGUGCGCACAGUUCCCCUGGAUGGUGAUGAUUCUGCCACAGAAGAGGUACUGGAUCCUGACUUUGGAGAGGCAGCAAUUGGCCGUGUUGCACCAGUUGAUUCUGGAUUAUGGUGGAUUAUUUUAUUACGUGCCUAUGGAAAAUGCUCUGGGGACCUUUCUGUUCAGGAGAGAGUUGAUGUGCAAACAGGAAUUAAAAUGAUUCUAAGGCUAUGUCUUGCUGAUGGUUUUGAUAUGUUUCCUACAUUAUUAGUGACAGAUGGUUCCUGCAUGAUAGAUCGCCGAAUGGGAAUUCAUGGCCACCCUUUAGAAAUACAGGCACUGUUUUAUUCAGCAUUACUUUGUGCACGUGAAAUGCUUGCUCCAGAGGAUGGAUCGGCUGAUCUUCUACGGGCACUGAACAAUCGUCUGGUAGCUCUGUCAUUCCACAUCAGAGAGUAUUAUUGGAUUGAUUCGAGAAAGCUAAAUGAGAUUUACCGUUAUAAGACUGAGGAGUACUCAUAUGAUGCAGUUAAUAAGUUCAAUAUAUACCCCGAUCAGAUUCCGCCUUGGCUGGUGGAAUGGAUACCCAAUAAAGGUGGCUAUCUAAUCGGAAAUUUGCAACCAGCUCACAUGGAUUUUCGAUUUUUUUCUCUAGGAAACUUGUGGUCUGUUGUAAGUAGUCUUGCAACUUUGGAUCAGUCACAUGCCAUAUUGGAUCUCAUUGAAGCCAAAUGGGUUGACUUGGUGGCAGAUAUGCCAUUAAAGAUAUGUUAUCCUGCUCUUGAAGGUCAGGAGUGGCAGAUUAUCACAGGAAGUGAUCCUAAGAACACCGCUUGGUCCUACCACAAUGCAGGUUCUUGGCCAACUCUGCUCUGGCAGCUCACAGUUGCAUGCAUAAAGACGAAUAGACCAGAAAUUGCUGCGAGAGCUGUUGAAAUUGCUGAGAAACGCAUAUCACGAGACAACUGGCCUGAAUAUUAUGACACCAAAAGAGGAAGGUUUAUCGGAAAACAAGCACGCCUGUUCCAAACCUGGUCAAUUGCAGGAUACCUUGUGGCAAAGAUCCUGCUUGCAGACCCAAGUAAAGCCAAGAUUCUGAUUACAGAAGAGGAUUCUGAACUUGUCAAUGCCUUCCUCAGUGCCAACCCAAGAAGAAAGCGCGGUCGGAAGAAUUUGAAACAGACUUAUAUAAUAUGAGUUCAUCUACAUUCAUAUGAAGACUAUUUAAAGUUUAAGUCUGAUUUAUGGUUUAAUUUGGCCAAGUGUAAUUUUUCAUUGAAUGGUUGUGUUGUAAUGAAAUUGGUAGACGGGUCUUAUUCAUGUAUCCUAAUAUUCAGAACUUGAAAUGUCGCCCCUUACAAUAAUGGGGCCCCAGAAACUGUCAUUUUGUAAACUUGUAUGUAUAUCAUAUAAUAAAUGGAGGACACUGUCUUAGGGAGUUCGAUUA